AUGGCGAACACCUCGGCUUCAAACGUCGCAUCAUCCCUAAUUCACGACCCAGGCUCCUCAAGCACGGUCCGAACUGGUGUAUUUGCCGCCCUCGCUGCUGUCGCCUGGUACAACGCCAUCGAAUUAAUAAUUCUCUGCUUCGUCUCCUUCAAACGCUACAAAGGAACCUACUUCUGGAGUCUACUAGUCGCCUCCGCGUCCAUCAUCCCCCACUGUCUAGGGUUCAUCCUCCUCUUCUGCGCGCCAAGCGUAACACCAUGGCUCUCGGUCACCUUCGUGCUCGUCAGCUGGUGGGGGAUGGUGACAGGCCAGUCGGUAGUGCUGUGGUCGCGACUGCAUUUAGUCCUCCAAAACAAUAAAGUCCUCUGGGGCGUCCUCUGGAUGAUAUGUAUCGACGCCGUCCUCCUCCACACACCAGUAACAGUCCUCCUCUACGGCUUAGUCGCACAACCUGAAGGUGUAUUCGCACACGGAUACAACGUCAUGGAACGGAUCCAGUUAGUCGGCUUCUUCAUCCAAGAGUCGAUCAUCUCAGGCAUCUACGUUUACGAAACGAUCAAGCUCCUGCGCCUCAGACCGAGUGGCCGUCCUCAGGGUGUUCUUACCCAACUCCUAAUCAUCAAUAUCGUCAUUUUAUGUCUAGAUAUUGCCGUGCUUGUUAUCGAAUAUGUCGGAUAUUAUGCGGUUCAGGUGAUGAUUAAACCAGUUGUAUACAGCAUCAAGCUGAAACUUGAAUACGCGAUUUUGGGAAAACUCGUUAUUAUUGCGCGCGGCCCAAUCGAUUCUCAAGAAUUACCAUCCAGCACGCGCGAAAUCAAUGAGAUCAGUUCGUUCCCAUCGUCAACGGAUCCGAUCUCCCAUGCUGAAUCUGGGAGAAAGCACCGCUCACAUAGUGCUCCUUGGUUCUGGGAGGUAAGGAGAGGGUCAUCGCCAGUUUCCGCCGAGGUUUCACAUUCUCCGGAUGCUUUGUCGUAUCCUUGA